AUGGAAGCUGCGGUACAAACCAGAGGAAUUCUUUCCUUACCCGCCAAACCCAUCGGAGCAAGAAGCUUUCUUCAGCCAUCCCACGGCUUAAAGCAGAGACUUUUCGCCGCCAAGCCGAGAAAUCUACCUGGGCUGUCUCUAUCCUUUAAAGGGCACAAGAAAUUUCAAGCCUUUGAGCCGAUCCUACACGGGAUUUCUAUUUCGCACAAGGAGAGAAGCACCGAGUUCAUAUGCAAAGCGGAGGCAGCGGCCGCCGGCGACGGAGCUGUGUUCGACGAAGGCGACUCGGCAGCAGUUGUUGCGUCGCCCAAGAUUUUCGGUGUGGAGGUUACAACCUUGAAAAAGAUUAUCCCUUUGGGUUUGAUGUUCUUUUGCAUUCUUUUCAAUUACACAAUCCUAAGGGACACAAAGGACGUCUUGGUGGUGACGGCGAAAGGAAGUUCUGCUGAGAUUAUACCUUUCUUGAAGACAUGGGUCAAUCUUCCCAUGGCCAUUGGGUUCAUGCUCCUCUACACCAAACUCUCCAAUGUUCUCUCCAAAAAGGCUCUAUUUUACACCGUUAUCGUCCCAUUCAUCGUCUACUUUGGGGCCUUCGGUUUCGUGAUGUAUCCUCUCAGCAACUAUAUUCACCCGGAAGCUCUCGCAGAUAAGCUCCUUGCAACCCUCGGCCCAAGAUUCAUGGGUCCUCUUGCAAUCUUGCGGAUUUGGAGCUUCUGUUUGUUUUAUGUCAUGGCUGAGCUCUGGGGUAGUGUGGUGAUUUCAGUUCUCUUCUGGGGAUUUGCUAAUCAGAUCACAACCGUUGAUGAAGCCAAGAAAUUCUAUCCUUUGUUUGGACUUGGAGCCAAUGUUGCGCUGAUUUUCUCAGGAAGAACCGUGAAAUACUUCUCUAACUUGAGAAAGAAUCUUGGUCCUGGAGUUGACGGUUGGGCAGUUUCAUUGAAAGCCAUGAUGAGCAUAGUGGUGGGAAUGGGACUUGCCAUCUGUUUCCUCUAUUGGUGGGUCAAUAGAUACGUUCCUCUUCCUACCCGUAGCCAGAAGAAGAAGAGCAAACCGAAGAUGGGAACAAUGGAGAGCUUGAAAUUCUUGGUGUCAUCACCAUACAUUAGGGAUCUUGCUACUUUAGUGGUCGCAUAUGGUAUAAGUAUCAACCUUGUAGAAGUCACAUGGAAAUCAAAGCUUAAAGCUCAGUUCCCUAGUCCGAACGAGUACUCGGCAUUUAUGGGAGACUUCUCAACCUGCACGGGUAUUGCAACAUUCACAAUGAUGCUUCUCAGUCAAUACGUAUUCGAUAAGUAUGGAUGGGGAGUAGCUGCAAAGAUCACCCCAACUGUUCUGCUAUUGACCGGUGUUGCGUUCUUCUCUCUGAUAUUGUUUGGCGGCCCAUUCGCACCACUUGUUGCCAAGCUUGGUAUGACGCCGCUACUCGCAGCUGUCUAUGUCGGCGCCCUCCAGAAUAUCUUCAGCAAGAGCGCCAAGUACAGCUUGUUCGAUCCUUGCAAGGAAAUGGCCUAUAUUCCCUUGGAUGAGGACACCAAGGUUAAAGGCAAAGCUGCAAUUGAUGUGGUUUGCAACCCGCUGGGGAAAUCAGGCGGAGCUCUGAUACAGCAGUUCAUGAUCUUAUCCUUUGGAUCACUUGCGAAUUCGACGCCGUAUUUAGGGAUUAUCUUGUUGGUCAUUGUCACUGCGUGGUUAGCUGCAGCUAAGUCGCUGGAGGGACAGUUCAACGCCUUGCGGUCUGAAGAAGAGCUCGAGAAGGAAUUGGAGAGAGCUACAGCUGUCAAGAUUCCUGUUGUGUCUCAAGACGAAGGCGGCAACGGUUCCAUUGGAGAAUCUUCUAGCAGUUCGCCGGAGAAAUCUUCUCCCACCAACAUAUAGGAAAUUGUUUUUGGAUAUUUUGGGUUUCAGGGGGCAAUGCAAAGGAGGAAGAAAUCAAAAAUAAGAUUUUGAGAGUGAGAAAGACAAAAAUCUCUCAAAACAUUGGCUGUUUAGCACCACCACUCUUUAGUCUGUAGCUUUUUGAACAUUAUUUUCAGUUCAAUUUGGUUUUACGUUCUAAGUUUCUUCCUUGAUAAACUUGUCUUGUCUUGUGUAUAGUAAGAAAGCGUGAAGUUGGGUAUGUUCUUAUUCAAGAUAUUACAGUUCCAUGGAUGAGACUGACUGAGA